UGAAUCAUUCUAUUUCUUCUUCCUCUCCAAUUCCAUCUUCGGGUCGGGUAGUCCUUCCUCCGGCAAACCUAUUGAUUGUUUCUUCCUCAAAUUCACACCUAAACCCUAAAUUCUCUCUUGCCGCUGCUCUUCCUCCGACCAAUCCACUUCGCCGGUUCAGGAAGGUUGAUCGAUGCUAGCUGUACAGAAAGGGAAAAUGCAACAAGAAGAGAAUGGUGACAUAACUCCUCACCAAUCUCUGGAUAAGAGGCCCGGCAUCAUCUUUAUUGGGUCCCCUAACGCUGGCAAGCGCACUCUUGUCUCCAGAUUAACCUCGAUUGGUUUUGAGGAUUCUUCUGAUUCAUCAUCCCAGGAGCUACUUGGCUGGACUAUCAACACAAAGUACUACACUGCUGAUGUUUCCAUAUGUGUGGCUCAUCUUCAUGACACAUUCUCCAUUUCGACCCUUCCAUCAUAUUCCCAGUUAGCUGCCCUAGUCAUGGUCUUCAACAUGAAUGAUCUCUCGUCUUUAGUUUCCCUUCAGGAUUGGGUAUCUCGUAAUGAUCUUCAAAAGUUUGAGAUUUUGUUGUGCAUUGGGAACAAAGUGGAUCUUGUUCCUGGUCAUCCAGUUCAUUCUGAAUACAGAAGAAGCCUUCUGAAGGUUAACGACCUGUCUGCCGACUCUCAAUUGGAAUUUGAUAAUUAUGGGAUUUCUGAAACUGAAGGAAGCAGUUUGUUAGGAGAUGAUGAACCAGAAAUGGAAUUGGAGAUUAGGAGGUCAUGUCUGGAGUGGUGCACUGAGCAUAAUAUUGAGUUCAUUGAAGCAUGUGCUUCUAAUGCUGAUUUUGACAAAUGUUUGUCAGUAUAUGGUGAUUUACAAGGAGUUGAGCGUCUUCUUGGUGCUCUCUCUGCUCAUAUGUGGCCUGGAAUGAUUAUUAAGGCAGGAGAUAAGGUUACAGUAGCACCAUUUCCUGAAAGAGAAGACUUGUCCGAAGAAGAAUCUGAUUAUGAAUUGGAGUAUGAAGUUCUAUCUGCUGGCUCAGCUGAACCAUGGGAUGAUACAGAUAAAGAAUGGGUUUCUGCAAGUGAUAAUCCCAAUUUAAAUGGCAAUCUAGAGAAUGUAAUCAAAUAUGAUAGGGAGGCGAUGCGUCCGUCAACAUCUGGGGCUGCAAUGCAUGAUGAGAAUGACAAGGCUAGUGUCAUUCCCCAUCUGGAAGAUCCUAACCAAGCAUCGAAACCAGAUCAGAGUUCACAUUUUGAGUUUGAGGAGUUGGAACAGUUGAUGUCUGAGAUCAGUAACAUACGAGAUAGUUUAAGGUUGAUGCCUGAUUUUCAGAGGAGAGAAAUGGCUGCAAAGAUGGCAUUGAAAAUGGCCACCAUGUUUGGUGGUGGCAGUGAUGAUGAACAGGAAACAUAAUGCAAAUAAUCUUGAUUGACAUAAUUUAUGAUGAGAAUACCCACUGGUUUUGGAAAUUGGUCAUUCCCUUAUUUGUUUUUGUUUGUUCAUGAGAGUUUUGAAGAAUUAGCAGUGGUUCUUUCCACAUGUAUGUCUCAUCCUGCGUUGCUAUAGAAUAUGGUAUGUUACAAUAGACAUGAGAUAGUUGCUCAACAUUCUGUAACACAUUUUUUUUGUUUGAAUCUUAACAAUGUUUGUGUAUUA